AUGCCACGGAUACUGACAGGGCCGUGUACACAGAACGAGGGUUCUUCGAAACUGUUCAGUGUGACACCUACGGCUGCUAUUGCGUCUCUGCUCACAACGGCUUCAUUGCUUACGAUACUCGCACUACAGACAAUAAGACUCUCCCAACUUGCUCAAAGAGCUAAAACUAAUAAUGCUCGUCACUUCCAACUUCUUAUAAAUUUAGAGUGCCAUAAGGUCUUAGAGCACCUUUACGCAGAUGGUAUUCCUCCUGAAGAGGCCUCCAUUCCUAGUUGCGAUGUCGCUUCCGAGUUCCUACUCAAACCGACACCUCUGUCUUCUUUCAAUGGCGUCAUGAUAUGGAAGAAGGAAUAUCCAGUGCAAGGAAAACCAUGUACACUGGAUCGUGAUAGAGGAGUGGUCCAUGACACUGUAAAGCCAUCAGUAAGGUACUAUUUCGACUACGAAACGACCGCAUGUUUGGCGUUUGAAUACCUCGGCAGUGGUGGUAACGAUAAUAAUUACGAGGAGAUCUCUGACUGCAUUCUAUCAUGUACUUAUCAGGAUUAUACGGGCUGCCCUGGCAAGUAUCCUGUAGCCCGUGGACCAGACGGUGAACCAUUUAUCUGCGAAAUUCCUCGUACAACAUCUUCUCCAGGUGAAAACGUUCGUAUCAGUAUUGAAGAUGAGACAGAGUAG